UUGUUGUUAGGUCUUCCGGCCAAAGCAACACGUUCGGUUAUAAAACUGUGCGCCGGAACAGUAACAGCAUCAGAUUGAAUCUUUACCUCGUCCACAAAACAUCAUAAAGUUGUUCUUUAAAAUUGUUGCUACUCGUGAAUCGGGAAUACCUUAAUUAAGUUAGAAAAGUUUUGAUAGUAAAUAUACUAAGAAAAAUGUUCACAGACGUUAAAAACAUCACCCCGAACCAAGUUUUGGAUAUGUCAACUAUCGCAUCAAGCCACAAGGCCAAAGGAAAAUUUCGUAAGCUCUUUAAACCACUCCUACGCAUACUGCGAACUGUGAAAAAGAACUCAAAUAAUGACACCGGAUCUAUCGCCCACCCAAACAACGUUAAUUUGAAUAAUACCUCAGAUCUGAGCUUUAUCGCCCCCACAAUUAUGGAAGCAGCUAUUGCCUCAUACGAGGAUUACGCAGCCGUCAUUAGAAAAGUAGCCAAAGAUGAAGAAUUUUUAAAGGCAUACUUUGCAGAAGAUCCCUUCAGUGAUACCACCCCCUACUCUCUGGACUGCAGUGCAGUAAAGUCACAACCAGGUGCAGCAUGUUCCUGUCCACAUGGCUACAAUUGUCAACAAAACCACGAAGAAAGCAAAAAGUACAACGAAAACAUACAGCUUCCCAGUCCAGUGACUAAGAAUGUGCCCGUGGAUGACAGUUUUGUCCCAAUACACUUUAUACGAACAGAAAAUGGAACAUUUUUUUGGACUGUUGAACACACCAAAUUUGAUGAGGAUCUAAUAAUUCCGCCAUAUUGUACUUCAUAUCAACUGCCCGCUCAAGCUCAGUGGGAUAAUCGAGCGAUAUUGUAUUAGUUAUAAAGAAAAACAGUUCUUGUAGUUAUUCUACACUUUAUCCAGUUUCUCAAGGAUCUCAUUAGUUAUUUUGUUUGUUUAAUUAAUUUGAUUGUUUGCAAUAUGUUUGUGAUAUUUUGUUUUUUAACCAUUUUAUGUAAGUUAAAGAUAGAGCUUUAAGUCAGAUAUUGAUGUGGACAAAUUAUAUAAGCGGAAAUGAAUGUCAUUAAAAUAAAUAUUUUAAAUAUUAU